AUGUUGAAUGCAGCACACCUCCCGCGCGACAUCUGCAUUUCUGAUCUUGAGGUUUCACACCACACCAUCCCGAGAGUUCAAACUCACGCCGUUCCCCUCGAGGGCCCUAAAAGGUUCUAUCUCAUGAUGUUUCCUGGAGGGGUUCCACACCAUAGACUACGAGAGGUCCAACUCGACACACCAUUCGACUCACACCCUCACACUCAAACUCUUCGUCUACUCACCAUGGUCCAAUAAGACGAGACCAGAAAUUCAUCCAUCACAUAACCACUUGAAACUUCAGAAGCUCAACACAUUCAGCUCAUCAUCCCCCCGUUCCCCGCGGAAGGGGUUCCAAAUCAUGUCGUCCUUGGGAGCAUUUCAGCUCCAUUCAAACCUCCCAGGGGUGGGCGUUCUGAAUCAUGUCGUCCUUCGGAAAAGUCCAGUACCCCCUCGCCCCUUUGGAAGAUGUUCCACAUCAUGUCGUCUUUGAGAGUCGACGCUAUCGUCCCUGGAGGGGUUCCAAAUCAUGUUGCCCUCGAGAGGUUUCUAGCUCGCCAACCUCAUGAGAGGAGAUGAGGUUGGGGGAAGAAGGCAGUUCAAAUCCAGUGGCGCGUUUCUUAUUAGGUUUUCGGUGUACCCAUGUACGUAUUCGUGGUGGACAGGUCGGAUUGAUUCAGAGUUGGACAUGUCGGAUAUAAUACACAUGUGUUGGCGUCUCUCAAAACAGAAGUAGUUG